AAACUUGAAAUUAAAUAUUAUUUUAUAGAAAAUAUUUUAAAACUUUCCUUUUUUUCAAACUAAAUGAGUUUUUCUUAAACGGUGCAAACGGUAUCACAGGACUUUGUCGUGCGGCGUAAAUAAUUGAUUGAAAACCAAUUUCUUUUAAAGACAACAAUGACCACUCCAGUAGAGAACGACUUUUUCGAAAUUGUAUGAAAUUAAAAGAAAAGCGAAAAUAUUGUAGUAUAAGAAACAUAAGAAAUUCCCAACAGUAUCGGAAAUACGACCAAUGCUCUCAGGAAAGUCAACAAGGCGGGAAUAUUUUUCUUGAAUUAAAAGCGUUUAUAUUUUUAUGCUUUGCUGGACUAAUCAUUUCGAUAAAAUGUAUAUACAUAUUUUCAAAUGUAAAUGUUAAUCAUAAUUAUGGACGGAGAAGACAGUAGGCGAUAUUAAGAAAUAAUGUCCAAAGAACUGCAAAAAUGAUAUGCUUAAAGUUAAACAUAAAAAUGAACAUGUAUAUCAAAAUUUCGGACAGAGAGAAUAUUGCUAUAAAAUAGGUAAUGUUAAGGAACAACAUCCAAAGAACCACAAAAAACAAUUCAUCGUACAAAGUUUGAAGGAAGAAUGAAAAGCUGACAAAUUUGCAUUGACUGUUUUAGAUAUCCACCGCCUUUCCGGGGCAAUAUAAAAGUUGCAUCUAUGGACUUGUUCUCGAGAUUCCAAAAUAGUUGUAUAUUCACAUCAUUUGAAUUAAGUUUUAAGUGAACAUCAAGUAGGAAUUGCAAGUUGCGUAAGUUUUUCGUUCAUUGCAACUAAAUUUCGUGCUGUUGUUUUAGACACCAAGGAAUAUCGACAUAUUUGUAGAUGAUGAUGGUCUUUCGUCCCACUCUAUUUAUUUUAAAAUUAUCCUUAGAUAAAAUGAAACUGUGGAUGACUGUAGGCCGUCGUUUACGUUCAAAGAAGAGAAGGUAAUCAAAUGAAAAUGUUUUAAAGGUUCAAGAGAUUGACAACCAAAAAGACAUGGCUAGGGCGGUGAUAGAUGAAAACGAUUGAAAGAAAGGAAUUGAAAAAUUGGUGCAAAUAGUUGAGUUUAGAGAACAAAUGCGCUGACGCAUGAAGAUAUUUUGCCUAUCACACACCCUGUAAUGUUUUUUUCAAGUUGAUUGUACAAGCCUUAAAAAGCAAUUCAUGGAUAAAAUAUCACAAGAUGUUGACGGAAAAGUUUUGGCGUAUUUUACUACCUUCAGGUAAUUUUACUUAUCAGGUGAAAAUGAACAGGUGGCCUUAUUAAAACCCUGUCGUGAUAUAUAAGAGGGAUAGUUUUAGUACCCUUAUUAAGUUAGCUGCGAAGUAUGGAGUAAAUAAAGCACAGUGGAUAAAAUGCAUUUAAGACAAUGCCUUUGGUAUGAGUUUCAAAUUAGAAGUAAUUUAUCAAUUAUUUAUGAAAAAAGCUUAUCUAAUAGAUUUGGAAGUAAAGUUGUGCAAAUAUUCGGACCUGCCAAAGAUGAUUUGCCAGAUUUCGUUCCGGACAAUUGCGUUUCAAGGGAGACCGCCUUUCUAACUAACAAUUGCAAAAAAACUCAGCAUCCAUCAUUCUACUGCGGAGGAACGUAUCAAACACCCUUAAAUUCAAAUGUUUGGUUUAAAAUAUGAAAGAAAUUUUCCGCCAACUUAAUAAUGCAAGAAAACUAUCAAAAUUUUGUUCUCGAAAAUUCAUCUUUGAUUCUAUCCAAUGCCAAAUUGCAGUGAACCCUCCCGAUAAGCAAGCUUGUAAUUAAUUGCAUGCAAGGAAAAGUACACUACAGCCGGACACAAGAUGCGUUCAAAAAAAAAAGGUCGUGGAUAUAUUUUGAAAGGAUCCCUCAAUACAUUAAAAAAAUAUAUUUAUUAUCAAAAACAAAACUUAAUAAAAUAAAUUUGAAUUAGAUGCGGGUAAUGAUCUAUUAAACUCAAUACACCAUACGCAAAACUACACUUAUAUAAACAAAAUCAAUAAAUAAAUACAAAAAGAAUAAAUAAUAAUAAUAUAAAUAAACAUAUUCAAAAAAGCAAAUACACAUAAAGUAACAAAAACUAUAAAUUAUAUUUCGAAACUACAAUAACAAUCGUCACUAACAGUUACCAGUAACAUCGGCGGCUGAGUUAUUUGUUCUUUUGAGCGUCAAACUAUAUUACAGCAACACAAUGUCUGAAUCAGCAAACAAUGAUAACAACGGCGAUGCAAAUAAUCAAGGAAAUCAGGCGGCCGACGAAGCCGUCGGUGAAAAUAAAAUGAAAUCACGGCUCCGCAAAGGAGCCUUAAAGAAGAAGAAUGUCUUUAAUGUUAAAGAUCAUUGCUUCAUACCGCGUUUCUUUAAGCAGCCAACGUUCUGUUCACAUUGUAAGGAUUUUAUAUGUGGCUAUCAAUACGGAUACCAAUGGAUGGGUUUUGGCAAACAAGGUUUUCAAUGUCAAGUGUGUUCUUAUGUGGUUCAUAAACGUUGUCAUGAGUACGUUACAUUUAAAUGUCCAGGCAAAGACAAAGGAAUCGAUUCCGAUUCACCCAAAACCGUACAUCAUUUUGAACCAUUCACAUACGCAGGACCAACUUUCUGCGAUCAUUGUGGUUCGCUACUCUAUGGCAUUUAUCACCAAGGUCUAAAAUGCUCAGCAUGUGACAUGAACGUGCAUGCACGUUGCAAAGAAAACGUGCCCAGCUUAUGCGGAUGUGAUCACACUGAACGGCGUGGACGCAUUAAUUUGGAAUUGAAUGUUAAAGAAAAUACUUUAACAACACAGAUAAAAGAGGGCCGUAAUCUUAUACCAAUGGAUCCCAAUGGCCUUAGUGAUCCUUAUGUUAAGGUUAAGCUUAUACCCGACGAGCAGGAAAAAACUAAAAAGAAAACUCGCACUAUUAAAGCCUCACUAAAUCCCAUAUGGAAUGAAACCAUCAAAUUUGAACUUAAACCAGAAGAUAAGGAUCGCCGCGUACUAAUCGAAGUAUGGGAUUGGGAUCGCACAUCACGUAACGAUUUCAUGGGUUCUUUAUCGUUCGGUAUUUCAGAGAUUAUUAAGAAUCCUGCAAAUGGUUGGUUUAAAUUGUUAACACAAGAUGAAGGCGAAUAUUAUAAUGUGCCAUGUGCCGAUGCCACGCAAGAUUUACUCAAGUUAAAAUCACAAAUGCGGAAAUCGUCACAGAAGAAACCUUUAGUAAUGCGUACCGAAACUAACGCUCAAGCUCAAUCGCGUAAAGAUAUGUUAAGAACAAGCGAUUUUAAUUUCAUUAAAGUUUUAGGCAAAGGCUCAUUCGGAAAGGUUCUCUUAGCUGAACGUAAAGGCGGUGAAGAAUUGUAUGCCAUAAAAAUACUAAAAAAAGAUGUUAUUAUUCAAGAUGACGAUGUCGAGUGUACUAUGAUUGAGAAACGAGUGUUAGCUUUAUCCGAUAAGCCGCCAUUUCUAGUACAAUUACACUCCUGUUUUCAAACAAUGGAUCGUUUAUUUUUUGUUAUGGAAUACGUUAAUGGCGGUGAUUUAAUGUUUCAAAUACAACAAUUUGGUAAAUUUAAAGAGCCAGUGGCAGUAUUUUAUGCUGCCGAAAUAGCUUCAGGUUUAUUCUUUUUACAUACCAAAGGUAUAUUAUAUCGCGAUUUAAAACUGGAUAAUGUAUUGUUGGAUGCUGAUGGCCAUGUUAAAAUAGCCGACUUCGGUAUGUGCAAAGAGAAUAUUGUCGGUGAUAAGACAACCAAAACAUUUUGCGGUACUCCAGAUUACAUAGCACCAGAGAUUAUUUUAUAUCAACCUUAUGGAAAAUCUGUCGAUUGGUGGGCUUACGGAGUUCUAUUAUAUGAAAUGCUAGUGGGUCAACCCCCGUUCGAUGGCGAAGAUGAAGAAGAACUUUUUGCUGCUAUUACCGAUCACAAUGUUUCAUAUCCGAAAAGCUUAAGCAAAGAAGCCAAAGAGGCUUGCAAAGGAUUUUUAACUAAACAGCCCAGUAAACGAUUGGGUUGUGGAGCAACUGGCGAAGAGGAUGUACGCUUACAUCCAUUCUUUAGACGAAUCGAUUGGGAGAAAAUUGAAAAUCGUGAAGUACAACCACCGUUUAAGCCGAAAAUUAAACACCGCAAAGAUGUGUCAAAUUUUGACAAACAAUUCACAUCGGAGAAAACAGACUUAACACCCACCGAUAAGGUGUUUAUGAUGAAUUUAGAUCAAACAGAAUUUGUUGGAUUUUCAUACGUUAAUCCCGAUUACACCGCAUCAUUAUAAAUUGCCUAAAUCUCAGAACAUCUUUAUAAAGCAAAGCAAGAAAAGAAAACAAAUGGUCAUUGAAUAUAAGAAG